AUGAAAGUCUUCAAGCCAUGGCCGCUGUACAUCACGUCCAGCUUUAUCACCUCCUUGAUAGCAAUGCUGUUUGGUCUCGAUACCGGGACGAUUGGGUCCGUGACGACCAUGCCUGCCUUUGAAAUCACCAUGGGCCCCAUAUCGUCCACAAUCCGCGGUGUCAUCGUCUCGUCCAUCCUGCCAACCGGUGCCUUGGCCGCUCUCGUCGCAGGCAUUCUAGCGGACAGGUACGGCAGGAAACGCCUCAUCAUCCUCGGCUCUGUGAUCUACGGCGUCGGCGCGGCUAUUGAGAGCGGCUCUGUCGCCCUGGCUAUGUUUAUAGUCGGACGGCUGAUCAAGGGUGUUGGGCAGGGUCUGUUCCUGAGCACGGUGUAUGUCCAGGUUUCUGAGAUCAGCCCGGCCCGGACUCGUGGUACCAUGACUUCACUCCCGCAGUUCCUUAUCGUCUGCGGCCUUGUGACCGGCUUUUUCAUGUCCUACGGGACUGCUGGCAUCAAGGACUCAUCCGCCUCCUGGAGGUUACCACUGGGUGUUGCCAGCUUCCUGGCCUUUGCUUUCGCAGCAAUAAACGUCCUGACGCCUCCGUCACCGCGCUGGCUUCUCGCCAAAGGCCAGUUCGAGCAGGCACGCACCAUCAUCGCCGCCCUGGGCCUGGACGAGGCCGAACAGCAGGAGUUGUUGGAUGUCUCCGCCUCCGGGUUGGAACACCCCCCGGAUGAAGCCUUCCUGGAAUCGCUGAAUCAGAUGUUCAAGGACUUCGCCGAGGCCUUCUCUGCGCCUUUCCGGGCGAGGACGGCGUUUGGAUGUUUCAUCAUGGCUUUCCAACAAUUCAGCGGAAUCGAUGGCAUCCUCUACUACGCACCCAUUCUGUUUCGUCAGGCCGGGCUUUCUGGCGAGAAGGCGAACUUCCUCGCCUCUGGUGUCUCCUCCUUGGUCAUCCUGGCAACCACUAUUCCCGCGUCCCUGUGGGCUGACCGCUGGGGGCGCCGCACCUCGAGUAUCACUGGCGGGGUGCUUAUCACCGUCCUCAUGGUCUUGAUGGGCACGAUGUACGCCGCAGAUCUUGUCCAUGGAAGCCAUGGCCCAGGCAGAUGGGUUGUUAUUGUCUCAAUCUACCUGUUCGCUGUCGUGUAUAACGCAACUUGGGCCCUCGGUUUCCGUACUUUCCUAGUCGAGAGCUUACCUAGGAAGACGAGGAGUAGCGCUUCCUCCCUGGGACAGUGCUCGAAUUGGGUCGCAAACUAUAUUGUCGCACUCACCACCCCGGUCAUGAUCGCCGAAUCAUCGUUUGCUGCUUACUACUUCUUCGCAGGCUGUACAUUGAUUUGUACGAUUGUAUGUGCACUGUACAUGUUUGAGACCAAAGGCCACACCCUGGAGGUCAUUGAACAGAAGUAUUUGGAUGAGAAAGCAAAGUCUACUGGACGGUGGGCAUUCGAGGGCUUCAAAUUGAGACCGGUGGCGAGAGUUUCCAUGUGUCAGAGUGUGAGCAGGCCGGCCUCUUUGGAUGGCAAUGGACACUCUUGA